GUGGAGGGGCCAGACCCAGGGAGGGAGCCACAGGGCAGGGGACGGAGGAAGAACUCCUUCUAGACCUGGGGAGUCCAGGCACAAGAGGUCACGUGGACAGGAGCUGGGGGAGGGCAGUGCUUACCCCGAGGGUGGACACGCGGGGCUGACGGAGGAUGCUUUGUGCUUGGGCCCCUCUGGGGACAGACAGCUCCCCUCCCCGUCCUGCCCCACCGACAGGCCGACACCUUCCCCCUGGACCUGACAAUGUCCAUGCCGGUGUCCUGGGGCUGACUCAGCGGCUGGCGGCCUGUGCCUCCCAUUGUGGCCUCACCGGAGGCAGGCAUCUCACGCUUGGCCGGGCUGGCUGGUUCCAGGGCUGCUGGGUGCUGCGGGCACCAGUGUGUGUGUGUGUGUGUGUGUGUGUGUGUGUGUGUGUGUGUGUGCAUGCCCAGCUGGGCCUGCUUGUGAGUGUGCAUGGGGGUGUUGGAGGGCUGGACGUGAAUGCCUGUGGCCACAUGUACGUGUCCCUGGGGGUGUGGGGGGGGUUGGGGGCUGCCCUGCAUAUACCCGUGAGCACCGGUGCCCGUCUGUUUGGGUACACAGGCGCCCUUGUGAACAUUUGUGAGGAUGUGAGGGUGUUGGAUGCAGGUGAGUUUUGGGUGGGGGUGGAGGGACAUGGGGGCUGGGCCAUGGUUGGCUCCCACCCCCACAGGCCGAGGGACAUCUCUCAGCCCCUGCAGGCCUGGGUGGGUGGCUGAGGCCGGGGUUCCUAUGGAGACGGCAGGAUUCAGGAUGCUUCUGGUGUCAGUUCUGGUCCAGAUGGGCUGGGAGCUGAGGGCGGGGAGCCCGCGCGGAGGAGGGUCAGCCUGCGGCACCCCAGCUGACCCCCCCCAUUGUUCUCUCUCUGCUCGUGCUGCCCCCUCACCACAUGCUGUGAUGCUGCCCCCAGACCCACACGCAGAUUUUCUGUGUGACCCCAGGCUGCUGUCUCCCCGUCCCUGGGCUCUGAAGAGGGACUUCCAGCCGGGAAAAGGCCCCGGGCAGGGGGACGAGGGUGUUUGGGAAGAAGGGUCCCUCUGAUGGCGGUGCCCUGGCCUGGAGCCAAGGGCAGAGCGUGCAUCUGCGUGUGCGUGCGUGUGUGCGUGUUCACGCUCUUUGCUGGGGAAGGGUGUGGGGAAAGGGAAGGAAGGAGAGGCAGGCGUGUGACCAACCCUUGCAGCCGUCGAUUCGGAUGUGUCUUCACUGGGCAAAGUAGGCUCUCUGUUCCCUGCUGGGUAAAGGGAAGUGCUUCUGCAGGGGGGUCAGGGUCAAGAUGCUCCAUGUGCGUGUCUGUUUCCGGGCUUGUCUUGGUCCCUAACCCUCCUGGGGCUCCCCUCUUGCUCCCUGAGUGCUCUGGCCCCUGCUGACUUCGUGGUCUCUUGGCCCCUCACUCUUCCCCGUUUCCCGUCCAGCACCUUCCUGUUCCUCGGUCUCACCGAGCUCAUUCCUGCCUCAGGGCUUUUGCACGUGCUGUCUCAGCCAUCUUGCCCUCCUCUUCUCUUCCCCCUUUUUGCCUGACUAGCUCCUGCAGGAAGCCCUUUCUGGCUCUUGUGUCCACACCCCCCAGACCCAGCCAGGCGCCCCUGAGCCAACCCCGAUCAUGGGACUUCUCUCACUGUGUCAUAAGAGCUCAGGAGAGAGCACCGUCCACCGAAGGGGGCUCUGCGGGGGCAGGAACCUUGGCACCUCUCCCUCUGAUUCUCCGCAGCCCCUGAGGCUUGACACACAGGGUGUUUGUGGAGCGAACGCACGAGUGAAUGAGUGGAAUUGCGCGUGUCGUCGCGUUUGUGGGGUUCCGCGUGCGUGUCUCUGCCCUCUGUCACCGCCCGUGUGUGAGUGUGUGUCUGGGCAUCUGUGUGAACGUGUCUGUGUUCCUGCGUGUGUACCUGCAUGUGUCUGUAGGUAGGAACACAAAGAUGUGUCUUUCUAGAAAAUCUUGAGGAUGCACAUGUGUAUCUGUGUAUGUGGGGAUGUGUCUCAGGCUUCCUUGGUGAUCUGUGAGUGUCUCUCUUUUAGUGUGUACCCUUGUGUGUGUGUGUGUGUGUGUGUGUGUGUGUGUGUGUGUGUUUGGGUCCCCAGGCGUCUGCACCUAUGUGGCCCACGGGUCCCCAGCCCCUGUGCGCUCUGUUGCAGGACAGCGACCGUGUGGAGGAGCCUGAGCCCCUUCUGGGGAGAGGAAUACACCAUCCACCUGCCCCUGGAUUUCCACCAUCUGGCCUUCUACGUGCUGGACGAGGACACGGUGGGGCAUGAUGACGUCAUCGGCAAGAUCUCGCUGAGCAGGGACGCGAUUGCGGCUGAUCCCCGAGGAAUUGACAGCUGGAUCAACCUGAGCCGUGUGGACCCGGACGCAGAGGUGCAGGGUGAGGUCUGCUUGGAUGUGCAGAUGCUGGAGAACGCGCGGGGCCGUUGUCUUCGAUGUCACGUGCUUCAGGCCAGGGACCUGGCCCCCCGAGAUAUCACCGGCACCUCUGACCCGUUUGCACGUGUGUUCUGGGGCAGUCAGAGCUUGGAGACUUCAACCAUUAAGAAGACCCGCUUCCCACACUGGGAUGAGGUGCUGGAACUUCAGGAGAUGCCAGGUGCCCCGGCCCCGCUGCGGGUGGAGCUCUGGGACUGGGACAUGGUGGGCAAGAACGACUUCUUGGGCAUGGUGGAGUUUCCCCCACUGGUCCUGCAGCAGAACCCUCCCCGUGGCUGGUUCCGUCUCCUGCCCUUCCCCAGAGCCGAGGAGGAUUCUGGGGGGCAGCUGGGUGCCCUGCGGCUGAAGGUGCGCCUCAUCGAGGACCGCAUCCUGCCCUCCCACAACUACCGGCCGCUCACGGAGCUGCUCAUGGAGGCUGUGCGGGGCCCGGCAGAGGAGGAUGCCGCUAGUCCCCUGGCCGUGCUGGAGGAGCUGACCUCAGGGGACUGCCGCCAGGACCUUGCCACCAACCUGGUGAAACUCUUUCUUGGCCAGGGCCUGGCCGGGCCCUUUCUGGACUAUCUCACUCGGCGCGAGGUGACCCGGACCACCGACCCCAACACCCUCUUCCGCUCCAACUCCCUGGCAUCCAAGUCAAUGGAACAGUUUAUGAAGCUCGUGGGCAUGCCUUACCUGCACGAGGUCUUGAAGCCCGUGAUUAACCGCGUCUUUGAGGAGAGGAGAUACAUCGAGCUGGACCCUUGCAAGAUAGACCUGGGUCGCACCAGGAGAAUCUCCUUCAAGGGCGCACCCUCCGAGGAGCAUGUGAGGGAGGCCAGCCUGGGGCUGCUGACGGGCUACCUGGGGCCCAUCGUGGAUGCCAUUGUGGGCUCCGUGGGGCGCUGCCCGCCUGCCAUGCGCCUCGCCUUCAAGCAGCUGCACCAGCGCGUGCAAAAGCGCUUCCCCCAGGCGGAGCACGAGGAUGCGAAGUACCUGGCCAUAAGUGGCUUUCUCUUCCUGCGAUUCUUCGCCCCUGCAAUCCUUACCCCGAAGCUGUUUGACCUCCGGGACCAGCAUGCGGAUCCCCAGACCGGCCGCUCCCUGCUACUUCUUGCCAAGGCUGUGCAGAGCAUCGGAAACCUGGGCCAGCAGCUGGGCCAGGGCAAGGAAUUAUGGAUGGCCCCCCUGCACCCCUUCCUGCUGCAGAGCAUCUCACGUGUGAGAGACUUCCUGGACCAGCUGGUGGAUGUGGAUGGGGAGGAGGCUGGGGGCCCAGCCAGGGCCCUGGUGGCCCCCUCGGUGAUUGUUCGUGAAGGUUACCUGCUGAAGCGCAAGGAGGAGCCCGCCAGCCUGGCCCCACGCUUUGCCUUCAAGAAGCGUUACUUCUGGCUCAGCGGGGAGACUCUCUCCUACUCCAGGAGUCCUGAGUGGCAGAUGUGCUUCUCCAUCCCGGUGUCGCACAUCCGCGCCGUGGAGCGCGUGGACGAGGGCGCCUUUCAGCUGCCGCACGUGAUGCAGGUGAUGGCGCAGGACGGUGCCGGGGCACUGCGGACCACCUACCUCCAGUGCAAGAAUGUGAACGAGCUCAACCAGUGGCUGUCGGCCCUGCGCAAGGCCAGCGCCCCCAACCCGGACAAGCUGGCCGCCUGCCACCCGGGUGCCUUCCGCAGCUCGCGCUGGACCUGCUGCCUGCAGGCCGAGCGCUCAGCUGCCGGCUGCAGCCGCACGCACUCGGCCGUCACCCUGGGGGACUGGAGUGACCCGCUGGAUCCCGACGCUGAGAUCCAGAUGGUGUACCGGCAGCUGCUCCUGGGGCGGGACCAGCUCAGGAUGAAAUUCCAGGAGGAUUUCAACAUAGAUACAAGCCCAGAGGUGGAUACAAUGAGGGCCUCGGGGGCCAAGGAAGGGGCCUGUCCUGAAGCCCUGGCCCGGCAGAGAGAGGCAGCUGGCCGCCUUCUGGAGGUGCUGGCAGAUCUGGACAGAGCCCACGAGGAGCUCCAGCAGCGGGAGCAGCAGAAAGCAGCCCUGGGUCCCCUGGGGCACUGAGGAGAUGCCAGAGCCAGCCUGGAAGGAGGAGGAAGGAGCCAUUGGGCCCCUCUCAGGGCACCCUGGCCCCUCUCAGCUGCCCUGUACCUCGUCGAUGCUGUGGCACGGAUGCUUCUGGAGAUCUCCCAGUCUCUGUGCCCCAAGUCCAGAACCCCAGGCACGGAAGCCCUCUGGCAGGGGGCUGGCCUUGUACUGAAUGAGUCUCAGUCUCUGGGCUGAGGCAGCUGGGAGUGGACGGGAGAGAAGGAGCCUGACUCAUCCGGUUCGGCUGAAAGUCUCUGCUAAACCGGACCGGCCUCUACUCACACCAACAAGGCCAUGGCCCCGAGCUGCUGGAUACAGCCGGACGUGAAUCCCUGAUGCCCACGUGGCCUUGUUGCCCAGACAGGCACGAAAGAGGCUCAGCCCUUCCUGUUUUCACGUCUGCCGAUCUGCGUCACCUCACUGAUCCUCCUGAGCCCUGCCUUGGCCGAGAGUCCUAACCGCAAGCUUCCAGAAUCGGGUUCCCUUAGGAAUAAUGGGGGUUGGGAGCCCAGUGCGCCAGACUCAGACCCCUGGAGCCUGGGAUACCUUGGGCUAGGCUCUUGUCCCCUCUUUGAGCCUCAGUUCAUGCUGUAUAAAAUAAGGAGGGAGUGUCUAGAUGUGUGGCUGUCAAACUGGGUUCCACGGAGGUGGCUCGGGAGCCAGGGAGGGGUUUCUCAGACUGUGAUCCAAAGCUCAUCCCCUAGGUUGUCUGCUAGCGAUGCAGAUGCUUGGACCCCACCAGCAUCUGCUGAAUGAGAAUCUGAGGGAGUGUGGGUGCAGGGAUCAGGAUUUUUAACAAGUUUCCCAGGUGAUACGGAUGAACACAAGAUUCGAAGAUCAUGGGGCCGGGAGAUGUUGCAUAUUAGGGUUUGAAGUGAGAUCUUGAGAAUGAAUCACAGAGGGUAAAAUGAGAACACCCACUCUGGGAAAACCGGAAA